AUGUCACAAACAACACAACAUGCAAAACAAAUACUUCACCUCCACACAAGCCACCCCCCAGAGCGGAAGGAGUUCCUCACGUUGUUAUAUCUCAUGGCACCCACCCCCUCUCAGGGAUUUGUUCCCUUGUUCGUGGAUUUCGAAAGCUUCUACACCCGAAAUCUGUACCGACGUCUGCGAGAUGUGUUCAAUCGGCCCAUCUCCAGUGUCCCGGGUGGAUAUGUGGAUGUGGUGGAGCGAGUGUCUAGUGACUACAAUUGGCAUUUCCAGACCACUGGUGAGGUUCAUCGGGUAAUGAAUCUGGGGUCGUACAACUACCUAGGUUUUGCAAACAACACCGGCGUGUGUGCCGAAGAGGCCGUUGAUCACCUCCACAAGUACGGAGUUGCUUCCGCUAGCCCUGCCAUGGAAUUGGGCACGAACGAUGCCUUUUUCGAGUGUGAAAGACUGGUGGCAGAGUUUGUGGGUAAGGAGUCUGCAAUUGUCAUCGGAAUGGGAUUUGCCACAAACUCGACUACUAUUCCUAGUUUGAUGGACAAGGGUUGUCUCAUAUUGAGUGAUGCCUUGAACCAUGCCUCGUUGGUGCUUGGAGCGCGCAUGUCCGGCGCGAAGAUUCAAGUUUUCAAACACAACAAUAUGGAGAACCUGGAAUUCCUGUUAAAACGAGCCGUAGUGGACGGACAACCCAGAACACACAGGCCGUGGAAGAAGAUACUCAUUCUAUGUGAAGGUAUUUAUAGCAUGGAAGGGGCCAUAGUCAAUCUACGAGAGAUCGUGCGUCUCAAGAAGAAAUACAAAGCGUAUGUAUAUCUAGACGAGGCCCACAGUAUCGGUGCUAUGGGAAGAACCGGUCGAGGAGUGUGUGAGUACUGGGGUGUGUCCCCAGAUGACAUUGACAUCAUGAUGGGCACAUUCACCAAAUCAUUUGGGGCUGCCGGUGGCUACGUCGCUGGAGACAAGGUUCUCAUGGAUGAGUUACGACUGAAGAUCCACAGCACCAUGUACGCCACUUCUGUAUCUCCGCCUAUUGUAGGCCAGAUAGUGUCGUCGCUGAAGUUGAUUGACGGACAGAUCGGCGGCACUCAGGGUGUAGACAAGAUUAAGCAAAUCCAGGACAACACCCGCUACUUCCGGCAAAAGGUAUGGAGCAACCAGGAACAUCAGCACACAUUGUCAUUCAAGCACACUUUAUCAUGCAGUAGCAGCUGUCAGGCCUCGCCUGAAAGGUUCGUAGAGUAG